GUUUGUUCUCUUAUUACGAUAGUGCAAGCAAGUUCGCAGACAACAUCUACAGUGCCAGGACCAUCCAAGGGGGUAAAUAAAGCCUAUCUAGAGCAAGCUCUUGGGAGUAUACUUCAAAAGCGUGGCUUUUCUGCUGUUUACAGCGACCAAUGUUUUCUUCAUCUGGACGAACUCAGAAGAAGCUGCGACAAUUACAACUCGACGUUUACAAAAAGAGAUUGUUUAGUUAGCUGUGGUAAGUAAAAUUUUGCUCAUUUUAACAGUUACGCUUGCAAAACGAUGCUCCAUUUGACCUAAUCUGUGAUCAGUCGUUUCUUUGAGAACAGGGACGACUGUGAUUGCAGGGUAAGGCUCACUUCGUUUUAAUGCGUGCCUAGGUCAUAGAAUUGUUUUAUGCUUAAUAAUAUUAUUGAAUAAGGCUGAGUAUGGUACUGUAUUAUGCAGAUCUUGACGUCAAUCAUGGAUAAACUGUAUUAUUAAAAACUGCAUCAUUGGAUAAUGCAAUUCUAGAGCUCUGAUUGGCUUAGUCAUCAUGGUAUAUGAGCCAUUAUAACUUGCUCUCCAAAUAUCCAAAUAUGGUAACUGUACGCGUAUGCUCAAAAUUAAAAACAAGCUGAAAAUCGGUUGUUUUUACAAAUAAAGUGGAGAAGAAUUCUCGAUAUUUUGUGGGUUUUUUAAUAAAACAAUUAUUCCACUCGCGCUUUUUGGAAAUGAGAUGAUUAUAGCCAACGAGGCGCUACUCGCCUCGCUCGCUACCUACCAUCUCGUAUCCAACGCGUACUCGUGGAAUAAUUUUUAAAUAUACAAUCAUUGAGGUCUGAGGAAUGACGUCAUUGAUUUUUAAGCCAAUCAUCUUCCAAAUUUGGUCAGAGCCCGUUCCAGGUCGCUCCACUAUCUGAACACCUAGAACAGGCUAAUUUGGUCAGCGUCAGUUUGGUUUCAAGAAUUACCCGCGGAAGCCAAUCAAAAACGCAAGCGAUCCAAGCCAAUUUUACAAGGAUUUGUAUGGGGUCAUCAGACAGCAAACCGGUUCUGACAUCUACCUACCAACUUGCGUUAACGGGCUGGUCUUUGGCAAGGAGUCUGUAUUCAUCUUGUUCUUUCUGAAUUACCAAUCCCAUAAUGUUACAAAUGUUGUUUUUUGACGUCACACCUCUCUAUAUUUUUAAUGAAUAAUGAUGCUGAUUGACGCUCACAAUUUUUUCGUAUAGCAUCCGAGGUGUGUAACCAAAUAUGGGAGGCAGACGCUAAUGAAGAAGAUGCCCAGUUUGAAAAGCGCUGGUACUACAGUGAAGACAGCCAUUCUUGUUUACAGUUCGACUAUGGAGGUUGUCUUGGCAACGUUAAUAACUUUGACAGUGAGGAAGAAUGCCAGGCGCGUUACCAAUGUGAGUUUAGUAGGUUUAUCAGUAGGUAUAUUCUCUACACUGUUGUCCGUAUAUUUUCUAUGGUAUUGGUAAGGAGAAUUUGACCGUGUAACAGUCAACACCUUUUGCAUGUCGAUUAUUGCCUUUGUACAUGUUCUUGUGGCCAAUUCGUCAAGUGCCGUAAGUGAUCAACAUCAAGUUUCUCCCAACAACAUCAGUACAUUAUCAAACAAAAAAUUAUGAUAAUUUACAAAAUGAUUAUUAGAGGGGAAAUGGUGUGAUAUUAAAACAAAUUUUUUCAACUAAUUCUCGAGGGAAAUGUAUGGAUAUCAGUGUGGAGAAUUUGUGUGAGGAUACUAUUGGGCUUUGAGGAUUAAGAAGGGAUUUUAAGGAGAAAAUGGGUACUUGUCACGCUGAGGGCUUAACGGGCUGAAUAGUAGUCCUCUGCCAGGACAACUCCUAUAGUAUAAAAUACAUACCCACCACCUGGUCUAAGAGGAAAUAUGCAGGUGAAAUAUGGAGAAUAGACCUAUUCGGCUAACUAAUGUUGUACCCAAUUCAAAUCUCCCGGGGAUAAGAUUGUUUGUGUAUUGUAUUUGCAUUAUAAUGUGGCAUUCACAUUUAAAUGAUAUGGAAAUUCCUGAAACAAAACGUUUUAUUCCCAAAGGGUUUGAAUUGGAUACAACAUAGAGUUAGCCAAAUAGGUCUAUUACAGCCCUGCUCUGUCACUCGUGGACAGUAAUCCACAAGACUGUAGUGAACAUCGUCCUCUGUAACAUCACCUUAAACGAGCUAUACCACAAAAUUAGGCCAUAUAGAACCAGCCGCUUGUUUGAGUAACUUAUAAAAAUGACCACUUAGAACAGUGAAGAAACAUUAAUUAAUUAGAAACAAUAAUUAAUUAGAUUAAUGCAUGAGGGCCCCACUGAAAACCGCCUUGGCGAGUUGGGCCCCCUCUAUAAAUAUUAUUAUUAUUAUUAUUAUUAUUAUUAUUAUUAUUAUUAUUAUUAUUAUUAUUAUUAUUAUUUCACUAUCAAAGCAAGAAAAGAAGAAGGCAGCAGUGGGGACAAAUGAUCAACAGGUGGAAAAGAAUAAAACCGAUGGUUGAAACUUUUGAAUAGCAACGCUCAAGAGAUUUAUUUGUUGUUGAAUACUACUGAGUAGGGUCAUUUUAUGACUGUGACGAUUUAGUAAACCCCUGUGUAUUAUUGUAAAAGCGCAUUACCUUUUUUGCAGUAAAAAGAACAGUUGAUCAAAAUGAAAGAGCAGUUAUCCCUGGAAUGGAAAGUAAGUUGUAUUGAUAUUAUUACAAUAUCUAGAUUGUUUAAAAACUGUGAAAAGCCAGGAAACUAUGUAACGUGAUGAAUAGCCUCGCACGAAAGCGGAUUAUCAGUUAGUGCCAAGUGAUCGAAGUCACUACAAUCAUCGCAGAAAAAUGAUAAUUAUUGCGACAGCUUUGGUUUUGCCGUAUUAGUCGCGCCAUUUCUACUCCAAUUAGAUUUGCAGUGUUAGUUCGCGCCAUUUUAUCAACCAAUCAAAUUUCCCGUGCAGCUCGUGUCACUUUAUCAACCAAUCAGAUUUGCAACGCUUCUUCGCUCCAUUUUAUUAACCAAUCAGAUUUGUAGUGUUCCUUCGCGUCACAUUUAUCAACCAGUUAAAUUUUCGGGGUUGCUACACGUCAUUUUAUAAACCAAUUAAAUUUGCGGUGCAACUUCGCGCCAAUUUAUGAACUAAUUAAAUUGGAGGUGCUACCUCGCGCAAUUUGAUCAACUAGUCAAAUUAUCCCUGCUGCUCGCGCCAUUUUGUCGUUCAAUUAAACUGUUACAAUAUCUGUUUCCAGCUUAUGGUACUUGCUCUGUGUUUGGAAACGCACACUUCACCACGUUUGACAAUAAAACGUACACGUACUACAGCGGGUGCGGUCACGUGCUGGUUGACGUAGCCCCAAAUGAAAACAUUAAGGACCCCUUGGAAGUGGUAAUCAUGCCGGAUGGCUUUUGUGACCCUACAACCAUGUGCCAAAAGAAAUUGUCCUUAACUAUUGGUGGAAAGGUAAUCGUUCUUGGCAAACGAGCGGAAGAUGGCACUUUUUCUGUGUUGGUUGACGGCGCAGGUCUAGCAGACAACAACCUUCCGUACACAGAUGGAGAGGUCUCUAUAGAGGUGAGAGAGGGAGAAAAGCUAUUAUUUCAUGUGUUUAUAAGGAGUAUGUUUCGUUUAGAAGUGGGUAUGUUGCUCGUUUAGGUCAACUGGAUAAGCACCGGUCUUCCGAGCGGAAGGCCGACGGAUCAAACCCGAUUGGACCAAAACGGUACUGAGGAGAAACUAAUACUAUAUUCGUAAUGAUGUCUGCAAACGGUUAGACCUUCCAAUGAAAGUUUACAACAGGCAUGCCUAGCAUCAAUUUGAUUACUUCCUUUCAUUCUCUCUUCUUGUAUUUUAGUUUCCAAAACCAUUGCCGUACAUCAUAGUUUCCUUGGGAGUGUCCCAAGCAGUGGUGUACUGGGACGGAAGCCGAUCAGCAGACAUUUACCUAUCGGAUGAGUUUAAGUCAUAUACAAAAGGGCUUUGUGGAACUUUUAACGACAACAAGAACGAUGAAUUUACAGAUUUUUCUGGGACUGUUCAGGCCCAUGUCGGGCCUUUCGCCGAAAGCUUCAUCAGCGAUGACUGUACUGUGUCUCCAAUAUCUGACCCGACUUGCGAUUAUGAAUGUACAGUGCUUGAUCGGAGCGAAUUCCAGGCGUGUGUGGGUGUCGUGAACAAAGAAGUCUUUAAAGCGCUAUGCAAGAAAGAUGUCUGCGCCGAUCGUGUUCAAACGUCUGAAGCGGAGUGUGCAAUACUGGAGAAGUACAGCAAACAGUGUUCUAUGAAUGGUAUUACCCUGGAUUGGAGAGGACCUGGCCUAUGUGGUAAGUAAAGAGACCUUCUAUCUGUUUUUUAUUUUGCCCCCAUUGCAAUCACGCGAUACUUCUCGAGGUGAUACUUAGAUUAAUGCUGGGGAGACAACUUUGCUAGACUAAUUCUAUGGUCUGCCAUUUACAAUUAAUUUUGUCAAUAACUUUAUGUUAUCUAGCUAGUUAAGACAACGCGUAAUUCCUCAAUAGCCCAUUUUACAGUAGUCUCCUUCGCAGCCGUUAUUAGGGUCGUCACUCGUCACGCAACGCUACUCCCCACUAUGUUGCGUGACGAGUGACGACCCUAAUAACGGCUGCGAAGGAGACUAAUUUUACAGCAGCUACAGGUGGAAACGAGUCUGGAGUUGACGUUGUUUUGAUACAACUUUCCGUGUCCAGCUUUAAUGUGUAAGUCAUGUUGUUCUCGUGCUAACUAGUAUUUUCAAAGCAAAUUUCCAUAAGAAAAGGAAUUGUAUCAUAAAAAUGUCAACCUCAGCCUCACGUUCACUCCAAGGCUAGGAUACUAAGCCGUCGACUGUAAAAUGGUCUAUUCAGAAACUCAAGGAGGAAUGACUACAAGCUUUGGGUGUAGUGAUUUGUGGUAUCGUUUGGGUGUACAAGCGUUAGUCAUGAUUGGUCGAUGGUAUUCAAAGCUGUGAGAUCGAGAGGGUUCUUCAAACUCGUUAUCUUUUAUUGAAUGAAAACAUCUAACGGUCUGACUAGGGAAAAAUCAAAAGAUUUAAAUAAUUAAGUUUUACAAAAGUACAACAAACGGAAAGAAGACGCGAAAGAUAGCAGAAAUUUCCCUGUGAUAGAAAAGCAGGAUAAUCGCAAAAUACAAUAGUUUGAAAUCCACCGAAGAACAAAUGUGCACUCGACUCUUGACUCGCUGACUAGACUAAAUUGCCCGUCCCUAAUUUAUGCCGCUAGCCAGUGAUGCAUGCCGUGAAAGCACAUAUACUCCCUAAGGUGUAACAAAUAAAUGAAUACUAAGAAUUCAGAAAGGCAACAAUUAACCAAUCAUAAGUAACGCUUGAGAGCCCAAACGACCUCACAAACCGUUGCAAAGAGAGCUUGUGCCCAUUCCCCCCAGGUUUGUGGAGAAGGGAAUGGGCACUUUUACCAAAGUAAUCUACACAGCCGUGACACAGCCUGUUAGAUUGGCCACUUACAUGUCGUCUUCUUUCAGCCAAAUCAUGCGACUCUAACAUGGAAUACCAAGACUGUACUCCUGCAUGCCAACGAACCUGCAGAAACAAAGACAGUGAGUGCAGCAACCAGUGCGUAAGCGGCUGUAGCUGCCCAGCUAAUCAGUGGUGGGACGGCACUCAGUGUGUGGCAGCUUCUAACUGCACUUGUACUUAUGGAGGUCAAGAUUAUGCACACGGUUCGAUGCGCUACGAAAAAUGCCAACUUUGGUGAGUGCAUAGGUUCAAUUUACGACAAACUCCGUAAGGACCGAGACAAAGACCCUACCUGUAUAUGUUGUGGUUCAGUUUUGUCCAUGGUUUCAAUUUUAUAUUCCUUUGUUUUAAACUCAUCAUCUCGGCGGACGACCAGAGGAGCCCGCAGUCCUCAUCUCCAGGUUGCCAUUACGCAAGCGUGGCACAUAUGUAGCCCGCAUUCGUUUGGAAUUUCACUAAAAAUGACUGAAAAACGCCCGUUUGGACCUUCAUCCACUCAUUAUCUGAUAAUACGCGUUUUGAACUUCUAUCUUGUGAAACUUACCUAAAGCACAGGGUUGGAGUAAGAGCGCCCUCCCUAACCUUCCUAAUACAGCCAGAAAAAAAAUGCAGGUGAGGGACAAGGACAAUAUUUUCCUGGCACGUUGAAACCACAACAGUAUUUUAUGAUAUUGACCAUUCUUGGAACCUGUAAAUUCCGUCAGAACUUACAGUAUUCGUCUUCUAAGAAUCUUAAAGUUUAGCAUCGCCAGCCACCAUUCUCGACCAUGCUGAGCAGCCUGGCCGUCCUGUGCAUCAAAGCAUAAUUCUGUCAAUUGUCGGGAAACUCAAGUGGCUACCGCACAAACUUGCUUUUUUAGCCUUACUAGUGCACAGAAAAGUAAACGCGCGCUUCAUUCCACAAAAUUUACCUCGAGCAUUUUCAAGAACUGACUAGAUCGCUUUUCUUUCUCCCCUUUAGCCAAUGUGAUGGAGGAUUUUGGAAUUGCUUAAGUACGCCCUGCAAACGUAAGUACCAAUAUACAUGUACUACUUCCCUCGGUCCGUCUUAAAAUUUCCCAGUGGAAUGAAAAAUGAAUGAAAUGGAAUGAAAACAAGAUGAAAAUGUUGUAUACCUGUAUAUAACUAGAUGUUACUUUUAAUAGUGUACAAUCAACGUUUUUUGCUCUAUUGCGUACUUAAAAAGUUGAACUGUGAUGACUUUGUACUUUUGUUGUUGUUAUUGUUGUUGUGGUUAUUGCUUGUUGCUUUCUUUGAAAAAAGUAAGGGUGAAAAAAAAAUUCCCUCCGUCCUUCUUUUCCCAGUGGAAUACAUACCUUAAGGUGUUCUCAGCCAAUCAGAUUUAAGAAGUUUUUUCAUGUAUAUUAUUAAAUACCUAAUUACCUUGUUUGUUUUCCUUUAGCGACCUGUUCCGCUUUGGCUUUCACAAAUUUCGAGACUUUUGACGGCACACAAUACGAAGCAUAUCCAGAAGAAUGUGGCUACAUACUCCUCCGUGACUGCUCAUCUAUUUCCUCUCAGUUCAAGGUUGAAGUCCAAAAUGAAGACUGCGUUCAAAACGAGCACAGCCAAAAUUGCAAAAAACAAAACCUUAUUGUGACAAUUAGUGGUAGCGUUGUCGAAAUUAAAAGAACUAUCUCUUCGAUGAACGUGGAUAUUAAUGUCGUUGUGUACGGCCAACCGUUAAUUGGGUAUGAGUAUGGCGAUGAGAUCAUGCAGCUAGAGUUGAUCGGUGGGAGUACAGGAAGUUUGGUCAUGUCCACUGAAUUUUUUGAACUUAUCUCCUCCGGGCAGAACUUUUACCUGACUGCGAAUGAAGACUUAAUGGACAAAACUUGCGGUCUAUGCGGCAAGUACAACAAAGAUAGCUCGGAUGAUUUCUCCGAUCCUCAAGGUGGCCCACUGGAGAGCGCCGAUAACUUUCUGCGCAGUUGGGCUGUAGGAAGUUGCGCCUCAGGUUCGACCGCACUCGGAGAAGUCGAACCCACCCUAUCCAAGGACUACUGUACCAUUUAUUCUAAGAAUAAAGGUGCCUCAGAAACUCGAGCCAAUCAUAUCCUGGACUCAAAUGGACCUUUCAGUGCUUGUCUGGCCAAAAAACAAGUAGAUCCUUAUCCGUUCUUCAGUAGGGCCAUGAAAACAGCGUGUAGGAACCAAGACUCCCUUUGUGACGUAGCGGCUGGGUUCGCCAAGGCUUGUGGAGAUAAAGGCAUUACUGUCCCACAUUGGAGAACUGUACUUGGGUGCACCCCAAGUGAGUAUAUUUUCACGAACUUUUCUGAAGAAAAAUUUCAAAGAGGUUCCAUGGUGCUGUGAUUAUUGUUUUUGUCUUUAACCCUUUCACUGCCAAAUGUGGCCAAAGGCAAAUUUCGACCACAUUUGCAAAUUUCAUUUUCUAACAUUUUGAAAAACAAAUAGUACCAUGUGUAAGUACAGGCAGAGGGCUUUCAUUUGAAUGGUCACAUCAUAGGAUUUCGUCUAUGGACUCAAAAGUUAGAGUCACCUUACAAAACUCCAUCAAACACUCUGGCAGUGAAAGGGUUAUAAAGAGUACCAGAAUUAUUAAGUAUUUAGGAGUAAUUAAAAAGAUUUUUCUUCAGUUAGUGACACAAACGACUCCUAGUUCUUCUAACGGGAGGCGAACGUACGACCCUCUGGUUUCCUGUCGGGAUUCUCCUCCGCUUAACUAUAGGGACUCGUGGGUACUAAGGCCAUUCAUCUAGUUUAAUUGACGAACGUCCCGCGGACUGUUCAGACCGUAAUUCAGUAAGUGCCAUAUGUACAUGUUUUUGAUGAUGAAAUGAGAAAGAUGUUUCUUUAGUCACGGGCAACACAGGCGAAAAAUCUUCCCAGUUUUAUCCAAAACCGUGAAUGUGCACGUCCCGCUUUAGAGGUCUCAUCUUUAACUCUACGAAAAUCAGUAACCGUAGGGUUUUUUUUCGGUGGGGGGGCGGUGGGGGGUUGGGGUGUACUUAUAUUACUCAACAAUUCUUGAACAACAAGGCGAAUGAUAACUUUAUUUAUACACGAUGUUAAAAAAAAAUCAUUUUACAAUAGAGAAUUAAUAACAUUCUCCCUAAUUGUUUUACAUGUUUGCCUUGUGGACGCACUGAUUAGCAUACCAACAAUUAAUACUUUUCUUAACCCUUUAAGCCCUAAGAGUGAUCAGCAUGAUAAUUUCUCAUUAUAAUAUCAAUGUUUUAGAAAACAGAAUGGGCAUGAGGAUUGAGUACAUGAUCAGGGCAGAUGAGUCUAAUUGAUAUUUCAACAAAUUCUCCCCACUACUUCUAUUGAAAAAGUAUAGGGACAGUACUCCCCCUGGGUAAAAUUGUUUAAUGAAAGAGCACCACUGUAACUAAAACUACACUUGAGGUAGUCAGUCCCCCAGGGGGGUACUCCGAUACAUUACCUAUACGGGUAUGUGCCGCUCAACGGGGUCGUGAUUUUGAAGCUCCUGGUUUAGAACGGGGUAUCCAUUUCAGAGGCGUUUUCUAGAACGGCGUAUAAAAAAUUGUGGAUCACGGCUUUAUCUUCUGCUUAAAAUUGUUGCUGAUUAUGAAGGAGCAUUUAUUUGAUGUAUAAGUCGAACAAAUAAAGAAAUAUCUUUUUAAAAAAACAGGGCUAUUUCAAUUUACAAACUUUCUUGAAAGGAAUAUAAAAAAUUGGCCCAUUUCUAGAACGGGGUAUCAAUAUUAGGGGAAUUUGUUUUUAGAACGGGGUGCCAAUUUGGAGUCCCGGGCGGCACAUACCCACCCAAAAAAUACCCAAGUGCCCCCCCCCCCCCCCCUCUGGAGUCAGUCAUUGGUUUCGGAAAUAACAACAGGUCAUCUUUUGGAAAGUAUUAUUGUAAUCAUAUCUAUUUUAUUAUAGAAACUUGUCCAAGUGUUGAUCAAGAAUUCAAAAAUUGUGAUGAUGACUGUCCUCUGACAUGCGGCGACGUAACCAACAAUGUCCCCUGUAUCAAGUAAGUCCUGCAAAACAACACAGAAAGGGAGGAGAUGCUGGGCAGAUCUCGCUACAAAAGGAACAGCAUUAGAUUCUAGUAAUCUUCCCUCGUACUCCUACCCUGUCCCAACGUUAACACAAACUUCUCACUUAAGGCAAAAUGUUGGGUUAGGGGAGGGUGGUAGUUCCCCAGCAUCUUAUUCUUUACUGACCAGUUAGUGCGUAAGGUUGUAUGAGUUAGCUCCAUUGAUACUGUAAUCUCUAAAGUUUGAUCAACACUCUAUUCCUCCUUAAGGUGGCUGAACACAGUUUUGCGGAUGGUCAGCGGUAACUUGCGUGACGGCGCGUGUUUUAAAUUAGACAAACAAACAUGGCGGCGAAAAAGCAAUGGUACACAGAAGACGAUUUCUCAAAAUCUACUCAUUAGAAUUUUGUAAUAUUUGGCAGAAUCUUUCCUUUCAUUGUAUUUUAAGUAAUGAGAACUUUAAAAUGGAAGUUGAACAGACGAAUUUUUUGACACAUUUAAUAAUUACAGUACAAUUAAAUUAUUGAUUAUCUAAAAACCCGUCUGUUAAAAUUUGGUCAAAUAAGUUUCAAAUGGUGAUGAUUAAUUAUAGUAAGCUGUGUGCAAGUUAAUAGGAAAAUCUAAUGAGCAAGUUUUAUGUAAACUGAGAAAAAGUGAAAAUUUAAGGUUGUAUUCAAUCGUUCAUGUUGCCAUGGAAACUACGAAAACGUCAAUUUUUACCUGUCAAUCAAAAUCUUUUAUCAGUACACUUUUCACUUGCCAAGUUUCAGCUUGUGAGCAGCAACCUUUCCCUUGCCAUGAUUUGACAAAUGACAUAUAAUCAAAAACUGCCAAAACUGUGUUCAGCCACCUUAAAUUAACACCACCCAGGCAAGAAUAAUCACUCAUCCGUCUUUCUUCGGUUAGGAAUGAGUUACUUGUAAGCUAACCCAACUAAAAGCCUCGAGCAUUUGAGUCCGUUCGCUAAACCAAUUAAAUUCUUAAAUUCUUGUCGGUUUGUUGUUUUUGUUUGUUCCUGCGUAAGAGCACUCGCCUCCCACCAAUGUGGCCCAGGUGUCGGCCCGGGUUCAAAUCCCGGCGUGGACGCCAUAUGUGGGUUGAGUUUGUUUUUGGUUCUCUCCUUUACUCUGACAACGUUUUCUCCGGGUACUCCAGUGUUCCCCUCUCCCAAAAAACCAACAAACAGUGCCAAAUUUUAAUUCGAUCUGCAACGCACGGACACGUUUAAACGAGUUCUUAAGAACUCCUAAGUACUUCUGCGGGUAGACAAAUUACAAUUAGAUACAUUCAACAAUUACAAAUAUCGUUGAAUACUCACUCAUGUCAACUUCUGGUUCCAUUAGGCGUGGGUGCAUUGAGGGCUGCUAUUGUACAGAUCCUGGAGAGGUACUCAGAGGAAGUGUAUGCGUUGCAAACGACACCUGCCAAGGUUGGUAGCUCCCUUCUCUGGUGAUAAACCAUGUUUCUAAACGAGCGGAGAACUGGCGCGACUUAUCACCGCAAAGGUUCUGGGGAUCGUUUGAAGGGACAUCACAAACAUGGCGGAUAGCGGUAAACCAACUGUUAAAAACGCACUCAAGGUUAUUCUGACUGGAGGAGACAUACCUAGUGGAUCUGGGUCUCGAGGAAUUCUGUACAAGUGAAAAAAUAGUUGCGUUUUUAAAACCGUAUUAUUGUAGUUUGGUAUACAGCACUUGUAGUGCGCCGUCUUUGUUGACCUGAAUCCUGUCUCUUCAAACGAUCCAAGAAUCUUUGUGGUCGCAUAUUGUACCCAGUUAGUUGUUCACUCGUUUAGAACAAUGCGAAUGUCUGUCCUAUAAAAUCACAGAGACAAAAGUCUUAAGAUGCGUUGAAGGUGAUGUCCUGCAUAAAUUGGUAGUAAUAAGGUUUAUAAAUCGAUUCUGGCAGUGUUAGUCUACGUUUGCGUCAGGACUUAUUGUGAAGGCGAAGGCGAAGGCGUUUUUGAGCGACGCACGUUAAGCGGAAGUGAGGCCUUUUCCCCUCUAAUAUCCCUUGGUACCGCCAGAUUUGUAUUGCUAAGUGUAUUAUAGAGAUGAUUUGCUCGAAAAUGUGGGCAAAACUAGUACUCAUGAAUGCAAAAAGUCCCUAUCCGGCUGAUCUGCGCCGCUGUAAAACGUCUUUGCUUAGGGUUCCUAAGUUUGAAACGGGUAGUUUUAAAUAAAAAAUUUUCCAAAAUUCCCUAACAAUCUGAAGCUAGGAUGAGGGUUUGAGUGGAGGAAUUUCAGAAACAAUUUAUUGAGAAUCUUUUUAUCUAGUAGUAUUUUAUUGUCCAGUUACUAUUAGCAUUUGUUUAUAACCGUAACCCAGGCUAACGAUUAACGGAUUAAUCUGUUCGUCUUUUUUUUUUUCAAACAUUUUCUGGGUGAAAAAUGGUCAAAAAAGGUAAUAUAAUACCAGUUGAAAGUUUUUUUCUACGGUUUUACAGAGGUAUUGAAAAAUCUUUGAACCUAAUGGGGACGUUUGCAAGAAAUUUUGAAAGGAAGUUUCUGAGGAACAAUUUAGGUUUCUGGCAAACUGCCACCUACCCCUCCCCUAAGCCAACAUUAACACUUUCUUCUCACUUAAGGAAAAAUGUUGGCUUAGGGGAGGGGUAGGUCGGCAGUUUCCCAGAAACCUAACUUGAUCCGGUUCCAAUACAUUCUUAGGCAUGAACACAUUUUUUAGACAUUUUUCUCCCCUUUAUCACCACGUUUGUUUGUUUGUUCGUUUCUGUAAGAAUUCCACAAUGCUUUAUCUUUUUAAUGCCGGCAAGCUACAAUAGCCUUACCCCGAAGCAAACUCAACUUGAAACAAUUCUUGCUGCCUGAUUGUUCUUCUCAUCUUUCUUAAUUCUUGUUUACAGGCCUCUCCUCCGCCAAGGCCUCUUUGUGUCGUAGGGAGGCUGGGGAGAGUGAAAAUAUAAAGCACGCAGGGCACGAUGGGAAGAAGAGAAGAGCGCUCCCGCCUUUUCCUUCUACCCAUGGUCCACCGCGUGCUAACUAGUUUUCUUAAUUAUUGCUAUUUUCAUCAAAAUACUUAGCGGGAGCCUCUGCGGAGUAGGUAAUAGAGAGCUUUAGAUUUGGGGACGAGAACGAGUACGAAUACGAGAUUUAACUUAAAGUUUUUGCGCGUGUCCUCUAAAAAAAGACACCCCGGAAAGCUUCAUUUUACAUUUUUUCGUUUGCACGUUUAUUAUACUGAAGGAGGUUAAGCCCUUUCCCGAUAGCAAAAUGUUAAAAUUUGUUAUAUUUGAUUACUUGUUCCCGCCACUACAACAUUCUCGCUAAAUCCCGUUGUAGAAUGACGACGGUUAUCACGUUUUCGCGCCAAAAUGACGCUGGCUCACGCGCGCGCACUACUUAAUGUUGACAAAAUCUCGUACUCGUAGUCGUCCUCGAAUCUAAAGUUCUCUAGUGUUUAAAGCAUACGAAAUGUCAAUAUUAUUGAACAUAUGCUGACCUAUAACAUGACUUUUUUUUCCAAUUCUAACCCGAUCCAGGAUGAAUGUCACUUAUAAACCUAUGUAUGGUACUUCUCGCUGCUAGUGCAGGUCACACUAAGACUGGCAUCUUUGGGGAACGUUUGUGAAAUCAAGGAGUCUGUUUUUUAAUCUCUUAUAGAAAUGAAAGCAAUUAUUCACCAAGCAGAUUUAUUGAUCUUUUGAUCAAUUGAGUUAAAACAAAAUGCAACAUUGAUUUUAUAAAGGUGAUGGUUUUAGCAUGAUCAGAUAAUUGAAGUUCGAAAAUUAGAAAAAAUGAAUCAAAACGAAAAACAUUGAGCCAGGUUUGGAUUUAGGAUCAUGAAUAAUUGACAUGAAUCUCUGCAAACUUUUACUCAGAAAUUUUUCGAGAAUUUAUGAUCAACAAAUGUCUUCAGAUAUCUUCAAGUCGAUAUAUUAAUCUCGAGAGCUCGCAAACCACUUAGGCUCGCUAAUGCGAUGAUCUCCCGUUAUUUCCAUGUAAUUUAUCAAACACAAGAUGGAUUGUUUCAACAAACGUCAAUCACUGAGAAGAGAGUUGAAAAAUAUUUCUUGUAACGGAGUAUGAUUUGACAAAUUUGAGCAAAAUCCAGGACGUUUAGGAAGUGAGUACGACUCUGCCUUUUAAAGAGGCUGUGUCACGGCAGUCCAGUUCAUUUUGUUUAAUUUUGCCAGUUACUCGCCCUCAAUCGCUAUGGAACUUAAAGUAAGCAAAGAAAUUACAUGUAAAUGACACAAGCAGAGAUUCGAGACAAACAGAUAUGUCUCCUGAGCAUAAUUUUUGAAGUGGCAACUUUGAAAAACUGUUAGGCUAAACAGUUUUCAAAAACCUUAAUUUCAAUCCGUUUAAAUCUUCUUCAGUUUUGCCCAUACGUGGCAUCUGUUGUGUUUCUUUAACCUUCCUUUAAUGUUUUAAGCGGUUAUUUUUACGUUUCUCUUAAUUUAACGGGCGUUUUGUAAUUACCUAAUUUGGCUGAAUUUCGUGACACAGCUCCGUUACACAAGUAGACCCCGUCAAAGUAAUCAAAAAGGUGGUCGAAAACAUGUCAAAUCAAUCUCGAAAACUUUGUCCAGUAGCAAUGAUAGCUCGAUCCGUACUGUAAGCCGGUGCAGGUAGUGUGCAAGUCUAGUGUGACACAUUGACACGGCAACUUGAGAGUUAUACCUCAGAAGCCUGAGUGUGAUUUCAAUUGGAAGGGAUCAACAGCUCAUGGCAGGUGACAUGACUGAGUAACAUUCUAACCCUUGCUAACACUUAACCUCUUCUUUUUGCCUCUAACCUUACUGAACAAAGACCUUGACAUAAACAUUCUUAUGGAUCGUUCAGCUGCGUGCCCGGAUGGAACAAAAUGGCUUCCACAGGGCAAAACUUGCCUGGGGUUGACAGAGUACGAUCCAACGCAAUACUCAGCCGGAUGUCAUUGCCUGAAUGGGCUUUACUGGAACGAACAAACACUACAGUGUGGGGAAGCAGACCAGUGCGGCUGUAUCGUUUCAAUCAAUAACGUUACUGAAUACUUCGAGAAGGGUGCUACACAUCCCUUGUCUUGUUCAAGGUGAGUAGAACAGGAAAAGUUAUUUUUAAACAUUGGGCCAGUUAUUUAAACGUAUUUUAACCAGUGAUAAACAAAACUGGUUCUAAGCCAUUUUCAAUUUGCUAAAGUUCAAAAACCAACUGACGUUUGUGUUUUUAGCUGUCGUCAAUCAUCUUAGGAAACAGAACUUUACUUUAACGGGUUCAAAAGGUCGUGGUUUGUGAAUUGUUAUUGGUAGAUUUCGAUCCGUUUUGUGUGUUUCCGUGUUUCAAGGAUCAUUGCUUGUGAUUGUAAUUAUGAUUGACGGCAUUGUGAAGGCGGCUUUUGAACUUUAAAGUUCGCAUGUUCGCAGUAAAUAGGACUUCGUUUAAAUAACCGACCCAUUAAGUUUUAAUAGUGGCCUUCAUUUCAUUUCGCCUUAAAUUGUCACCUUUCAAUACGCUGUGUGGACACCACCGUAACCCUCUUUAACGUUUAGAUUGAGCUUCACCAGGGUCAUUUUAGACCUUUAGACUCUAAGACGAGUACAAAAACGAGUACGAGAUUUCAGUUCCUCAGUACUGAAUAGUGUACGCGCGUGUGCCAGCGUCGUUUUGGCGGGAAAACGUGGUAGCCGUUGUCACUGUGCUACGAGUUUUAGCGAGAAUGUCGAAGUGGCGGAAAAACGUUAUCAAAUGUUAGAAGUUUUAUCAUUUUACGAUCGAGAGAGGGUGUAACCUCCUUCACUAAAGGUAAUUGUGCUAACUUUUCUAGUGAAAAAUGGUAAAAUGACGCUUUCCUGGCAGUUUAUAGUUUGAGAAUAUGCGAAGAAACUUCGAGUCAAAUCUCGUACUCGUAGUUUUCCUCGUCCUUGAGUCUAAGGGUCCCUAUUAUACCAAUAUUCUUGUUUGGAAUGGCCGCGAUUAGGAAUUUCAAUUCGCGUACGCAUUUUUCGCUGCAUUGUUGCUAUGACUGUCGCCAUCAUUGUCACCAUUAUUGUUACUAUCAAUGUGGCUAUCAUCAUUAAACACUGUCACUUAUGACCAUUAUUUUCAGAACCACGUUCAUUGUAACAAUCAGUUUCUCUAACAAUACCUUUUAUUUUUCUUUCAUUGUCACUAAACGAUUGUCACAAUCAUUGUAACUAUACCGUCGCUAUCAAUGUAAUUAUUAUUGCCACUUUCAAUGUCAUCUUUAUUGUCAGUAUUAAUGUCACUGUCACUAUUAAGAUCACUAUCUUUGUUACUGACACUGUUGAUUUCAUCGUUACCACCAUUUUCACUAAGUUUGUAAAUGUCAUUAUAUCAUUGUCACACUUUCACUGUAACCGUCAUUGGCACCACCACAGUCACUGGCGUUGCCUAUGUCAAUGUCACCAUCAUUGGCACUUUAACUGUCAUCAUCACUAUCAUAUCGGUAUUAAUUUCACUGCCACUAUUAACAUCACGAUCACUGUCACUGAUACUGUUGUUAUCAUCGUUACCAUCAUUUUCACCACGUUUGUCAGUGUCACUGCAUCAUUGUCACUUUCACCGUUACCAUCAUUGGCACUUUCACUGUCAUCAUUGUAAGCCGGUAUUAAAUUUAAUGUCACUAUGAACUGUCACUAAUGUCACUAUCACUGUUACUGACACUGUUGCUAUCAUUGUUACCAUUAUUUUCACUAUGUUUGUCAAUGUUACUGCAUUAUUGUCACUUUUACUGUUACCAUCCUUGGUAUUUCCACGUCAAUGUUACCAUCAUUGGCACUUUCACUGUCAUCAUCGCAAGCCGGUAUUAAAUUUAAUGUCACUGUGAACAUCACAAUCACUGUUACUGACACUGUUGCUAUCAUUGUUGUAACCGUUUUCACUAAGUUUGUCAAUGCCAAUGUCGCUAGGUAUCACAAUCACUUUCUCUUCCACUCUUAUUCUCUUGACCUUGUAAAUAUCACCAUAACUUUUUCUCCUCCUAUCACUUCCAUGGCAUUAUCACUGCGGACCUUAAGCACAUACGAGGGCGAAGGGGACGAAACCGUGGUUUAAAAAGUUAAUUCUCCCUAAUUCAAACUUUAUCCCUCUUAUUUCAUCUCGCUCAAUUUGCCAAAUCGUGGCGAAGUUUUCUGGAGCUAUUCUAGAGGAUGUAUCUAAGUUCAGUCGAUGAAUUAGAAAAUCGUUGUCUCGGUUCUCGUUCUCCCUCAAAAUCUCAUUAAAAAAAACAAAAGAAAUUAAUGUUUAACGAGUGUCUUUAUAUCUGAUAAAGACAUGGCUAAACUUUACGUCCAAUUUUUUAGACCAAAAAUAGCCCAAAUCUAAAUAUUAGAGCAAGAAUGAGUUGAUCUAUAUUAGAGAUUUUGAAGCCGUGUAUUAUCAGGUUUAAAAACUCGAGGCGAACAGUACAUAAAACGCGAAAUUAGGAAGUUGCACGUUAUAGUCCUGCAACGAAGGCAAAAAAGCGUGCUGCACGUGCAAAGAUGUGCUCUGCUAAUCUUGACCUAUCGCCCUUUUGCCGUUCUCGUUGCCUUCGCCGUCAUCGUUGCUUAAGCUUCCUUUUGUCGCUAUCACAGUUACUCUCACAGAUAAUAGGGAGCGUAAGCAACAACGUUUUUGAGCCACGCACGUCAACCGGAAGUGGCCUUUUUUAUUUUUUUGACGGUGGUUUCGCGCAAAUUUUCAGUCAAAUCGCCUCUAUAACAGUAAAGAAGCUAAGGAAUACAAAUUUUAUAUCAUCAAGGCAUGUUAAGAGGGAAAAUACCUCACUUCCGGUUGACGUGCGUCGCUCAAAAACGUUGCUGCUUAAGCUCCCUAUUGUCACUCAUUGGCAUUGAUCUCCGUAGCGGAUCCAGACCUUCAGAUAAGGGGGGACGGUCAUCCGGACCCUGAGAUUAAGGGGGAGAGGGGGGUCUCAAAAAUUUUUUUUUUCAGCGCUUCGGGUCUCAGUUUGGUCUGAAAAUAAGGGGGGGGCGGCUCCCCCGGACACUCCCCUGGAUCCACCACUGCAUCUUAACCUACGUUCACACAAAACCGGUCGAAUUUUCCGACCGGCUGAAACAUUUUAUCGGACGUCUUGUUUACACGGGACCGUUUAAGAUUUUCGCUCUGUUCACACGGAACUUUGAACGGUCACGCGUCACAUUUCAACUUACAAAGUGUUAGAGCUGUUUUCAUAUGGCCUUGAAAUGAAAACGCGCGAGCAAAACAGAAACACAAACGAACGGGUUUAUCGAACGGAUACAAACGCGCGUGGCUUCUGGUUGGUUAAGCGAAUGCUCGAGUGAAAAAACUUCGUGCCUGAAGAACUUUCUUGAAAUUAAUCGAUACUUCGCUUUGACGUCAUACUGCAACACGAUUGGCCAAUUAAACAAUGCCUUCUCCAUAUUAGGGUUUUCUUUGGCGGCAAAACGAAGAGGCCAUGUUUGAUCUUUUCAUCCAUUGGCUGAUUAAACAAAUAAACACUUACCGAAACCAUUUUUAAAGAUAAUUAGGAAAUCGCUCUAACCGGUCGAAAAUUCCUCCCUUGCCGUGUGAAGGUAGCCUUAGUAUUGUUUUGUUAGCCACGUGGUCAGUCACAUGGUACACAACUGCCAUACUGGGAUGCGAGAAAUGCGCUAGGACAAGACAAGCAAAGAGCUCAUGUCCAUUAAAUUGUCGGUUUCCUUUGUUGGUUUUGUCCCAGAGCAGUUCUUGCAUGGCGGUUAUGUACCACGUGACUAGCCACCCGCAGAGGACCAAUUCCCCUUUCCUGAAACUAUAAGGGGAAUGGAUACAAGCUUUCGUCGCAGCAAAAUCACUGCAUCCAUAACUUGUACCCUUUCUCCCUAAAAUUCCUGAGGCGGGGAAUAGCAUUUCAUCACAUCCAAAUUUUCAUUCAGUACCCUUAAGUUGUAUGGUUUACCCUAUAGUUCCAGGAAGCCUAUAUUAUAACAUAACAAAAGUAAAUUGCGCGCUCUGAUUGGUCAGUUAGCCACUACCUUAUGCCCGUGGGUGCACGCCAAGAAACUGAGCUAGCGCGGUAAAAUUUAGGCAAAUUCAACAAAUCUCCUCUCCUGACGGUAAAAUACACCGAUGACAUGCACUCAUGAAAAGUGGAAGUUGAAGAAAAUACUAAGCUGUCGUUUUGAAGGAUAAAAGACAAAAGAUCAAGCGACAAAUUUGCCCUCGGUGAAUUAGUCACUGUUUUCCUCGCGGUUAGAAUCGGCUGAAGGAUAAUCGAGCGAGCGAAGAUUUAUAGUACAUUUUGUGUGUUUUUUAUAGAAGAGAAAGUCUGUUUGAAAAGUAAAUUUAUCAAUUAGCAUUGUGUUAUUGACUUUUUUGUCAAGCUGAUGCGAAAUUCAAGCAAGUAUUUUAGGAAACAAGCUCAAAUUCGAGACAGCUUUGUUGUGAAGUUUUCAUCGCAUCGAUUAAAAAUUUUAGUUGAGUUUAAACGGGCACAUUACGCUGGAAUAAGCGAAUUUCAUUUGAGUACAGAAACAUUUUGGUUUUCAAAUAAAUUUUUCAAAAAAUAACUUCUGUGUGUAUUAUUUUGUUCCUCAGUGUUCAUUCAUAACAGUCGUUCAGAGAACGGUCGAGAAACAACAGCUUCAGCGCCGACUGUGUGUCGGCGAAUUUCAGUUUCAACUUUGACAUUUAUAGCUGGAUUUCCCCAGACAGAUUUCGAUACAAAGCUAGUUAAUUUCUUUUUAAAAUUAGUGUUACCUGUUAUUCUAAAGGAAUUACAGUCAAAUUUUCUCAUUUCUACUUUACGUUUAUUUCAAAAAUUGUCACAUAAAUAAGCUUGAUAAUUAUUUCAUUUAUUUAGUUUUAGCUUAUCUUUUAGAGUCUUUUUAGUUGGUGUUUAUAGUUGCAGCUAUAGUUUCAAUUCCCUCAAAGUUUUUACCCUAAUAUUAAGAGCAAGUAGACAGAUGCCAUUCAGAAUAACAACAAAAAACGUUUUGCAAUUUACCUGAAGACGGAGAACGGUUGAUUGAGCGAAAGAAAAACUCAAAGGCAAGUUUUUGAAAAACAUAGAACAUGAUUUGUAUACGCGCGGGCAGAUGACAGCAUACAUGAACUCGUAAUGAUGACUCAACCGAAGGCAAAUGGAAAAUAAAGUUUUUAUCUUUUGAUUAUGUUAUAAAAGAAAUGGUAAACGUUGCAGCUGUGCAACCAUGGAGUUAUGGAUGCACUUGGGAGGUUUGCUAAGCACUCAAGAAGCUAGAGUCACACUCGGCGAUUCUUACGCUUCUUUCGUGCUUAGCAACCUCCCGCGUGCAUCCAUAACUCCAUUAACCUGAGAUCGGGCCCAAUUUGAGCAGUUCUCAUACAUUCACUCUAACGGCUACCGCUGAAAUUCUCUUUUCGUUUCGGCUUGCCCGCCGGAAUGUUAUUACGAAGCGAAACGAAAAUUGAGCCUGAUCUCAGGUUAUAACUCCAUGGUUGCACGCUGCACGUUUGCCAUUUCUUAAGUUUAUAAGCCCCCGGCUUCUAUACAGGCUUCCUUGCCUUUACCACAUUUGAUCUUGUAAAUAAUUUAGUUGGAAUAUUGUAUAUUAUCUUUAAUGUAUUUCUGUGUACUGUUGUUGUAUUUCUGGUUAAUGGCAAAUAAAUGAAUGACACACUACGUUCAUUUUGAUUCGCAAUGUCACUACAAUUAUCGGUGCUUAAUCUAAUACGACUUUGUUUCUGUUUUUGUGAAUGUUACUAGGAUAUGCAACGGUUCAAGGCAAUGGGUGACCGAUCCGAACAUUCAAAGUUUACCUGAUCCCGAAUGCGCAGCUACGGGUCAAGAUCAAUACAGAACAUUCGAUGGGGAGUUCUUCAGGGAUCACAGGCCUAAGGACUGUGAGGAGGUUCUUAUGAUUAUAAAAGACACAUCACACAAUGUCAAGGUAUCCAACGUUGACUGUAAAGACUCCAUCGAGCUACUCAUUUGCAAGAAAGUCGUCGUGACCACUGAGUAUGGAAAGGUAGAACUUUUGCAAAAAGACAUUACAAUCACUGUAGAUGGCAAUUCCGCCGUGAUAGGCCCCGGCGAUUAUCCAGAGCCUUGCGUUUUCAGUUCGUUGCCCUACACGGAAAUCUUCAGCGAGGGAUUGUUUACAUUCGUUCGAGUUUUUGACCCAACCGAUCGAUUUGUGCCUUUGUACACGGUGAGUACAUUUUAGGUUUCUGGCAAACUGCCCACCUUCCCCUCCCCAAAGCCAACAUUUUGCCCUAAGUGAGAAGUAAGUGGUAAUGUUGACUUAGGGGAGGGGUCGGUGGUCAGUUUCCCAGAAACCUAAAUUGAUCUGUGACUUCUUAAUUCCAAUUUUAUUUGUAAUAGGUAAAAAAGGAUGCGAUUAUUGUUAAUAAAAUAACUAAGAUAGUACGCGCGCUCUGAUUGGCCUAGAGGCGUGUUUGCAUGAGAGUAUGUAAGCAUGGUUGUGACGCCAACUUGUUUGGCUUUCCGCGCGCUAAUCACGCAAGCACGAAUUUGAAAAAGGUUUUGAGUUAAAAAACUCGACAAGUUGACUUUAUUUACCCAUUACUCGUCGGUUUAAACUUGGAAAAUCUUUAGAAACAUACUGUGUUUCGCUUGAGCUGACAUUUUAAGCGAGAAAAACCCGUAUUUUGGAAAGUAUCUUUUUUGCAAAACAAAGACUGAUUACGCGUACAAGCUUCGUGUACAAGACUUCGCGACUAGUAAGAAUUUCUCUUUUAAUCAAUGCUCGUACCAAGAGCGGGAAAGUUAUUUUAUAAAAGCAAUAGAAAACUUUUUUCCUGUGUUUGCAUAUCCUGAUAAUAACACUCGAGGGGUCGACUUUGUCUCGGGUUUGCAUAACUGUCUCGAAUUCUCCCAACCCCUGUCGUGUUUAUAUCAGGCUAUGCAAACACGGAAAACGUUUUCUGUUGCUUAACUAUUUUGCCCUUACAUUUCCAGCGUGCUGCCAUUUUGAUUUAUCGCGCCGUAGGCAUGACGUUUAUCCGCCAAAAAGUAUCUUUGACUUUAUUUGGGGACCUGCCAUUACCAAGGAUAAAGGAUUCUCGGUGCGCAGAAAAUUGACGUUACAAAAUCGAAAAUACUGCAACAUACUGAAGUACUGAAAAUAGGGGACUUUAGUAUCAAUUUUCUUGUUAAGUAAAAUCUUCUUUGCUGCUGAGAAAAACCAGACUAACGUGCCUCCUUGGCUCCCUUAUAUGAACACAGUGACAUUUUUACCAAGCGAAUAGUAGUGGCGCGAUAGGUUCGGAAUUCAAGCCGGCAUUUUUAACUUGGUUCAUAUGAAGAAGAGUCAAGUUCCAUGCAUGCAGUGACGUAUUUUCCCGCCAAAUUUACCGUGGCAGUGGGAAGCGGAAAAAAUAUCAUUUGAAUUUGCUACUCGCAAUUACUUGUACCCCUUGGGUUCAACCCAAGCCACAUUGUUGGCAGGCGAGUGUCCUCAUCAGACACCUUCACUUCAAUUUGUGAGCGCUUGUCGUUUGUAUUUCAAAGGGAAAAUUAUUAUUGUAUCACGUGAUUUUCAAUGGCCACUCGGCAUAUAGUAGAAGUACGGCCUGUUGAAACACUGCUCUAUCAUUUCAACCAGGUUAAAUAUGACAGAGGCAACAGAGUCUAUAUCACACCCAACAACAACUACAAAAACUCCGGUAAACUAUCAGGCAUGUGUGGUAACUUCGAUGGCGAAACCAGCAAAUAUUACAUCAAAAGAGAUGGUUCUCAAGUGGGUGAUGUUAAAGCGUUUGUGCGCAGCUGGUUGGUUUCCUCUUCUAUCUCGUGUCAAAACUCUACCAAACGUGAUCCUUGUGUGCAGUACCCAGACAGAAAAAACUGGGCAAUGAAAGGUGAGUGGAGAUUUUAUUAUUGCUAUUUUCAUCACCAUCUCCAUCAUCAUCACCAUCAUAACCAUAUCAUAUUACACUUGUUGUCUGGGAGUGAGGUCAUAAAAGCGAAAACUCAGACUAAGGCCUAUUGACCGAGCGAUAGCAAGGCCAAUACAGCAAGGCCUAGGUCUUAGAUUUCCCUGUAAUGACAGAACGGGCGAAGUUAAUUUAUUAUCUGUAAUAUGGCUCUUUUUGCUCAGUUUUGGCCUGUUGUUCAUCCUCUGGAUAAUAAAACUUGCUCUCGCUAUUGCUCUCUUCAUCGCUCAUACCUAGAUAGAUCGGUAUGCUAGUAUCGUUCUUUUAGUUAUUGAAAAAAUAGCUAUCUUUUGUCAGUAUUUUUGGUUGUUUUCGUCCUCGCGCUCGUAGCUUGCUAUCAUCAUCAUCAUCAUCAUUAUCGUAUGCCACGACUUGACAUCUGUCGAUUCAUAUUUUCUCUUUGUAAAAUAACUACUUACAAUUCUGAACUUCUUUUGUAGGCUGUUAUAGGAUCAGAGAUGCGGAGGAAUUUAAAGAGUGCCACAGAUACGUACCGCCCCAAAGAUACAUUGACAAUUGUAUAUAUGAAGCUUGUGCGUGCAACCAGGGAGGUGACUGUGGAUGCUUUUGUUCAGCGGUCGCCGCUUAUGCUCAAGCAUGCGCCAAUCAGCGGAUAGCUGUUCUGUGGCGAAAAGAGGGAUUUUGUGGUAAGCCUUAUAAAUGUAGGCUAUCAAAUGGCACUCAACGUUUGAUGACUGGUCUUAGAAUAGACAGUCGUCGUGAGGAUCUCUGCAAGUCAUGUUGCCUACUUGGAGACUUUUCGCGGGAAGCAGUUUCAUUGUAGAUGUCAUGUCCCGUCGCGACGGCCAUUUUGUCUCAGGAGAUUUAAAAAGCUUUGUUUAUACACGCCUCGUUCUCUCAAGGAGGCUAGCCGUGCAUAAACAAAGCUUUUUAAACCUCCUGAAACAAAAUGGCCGCCGCGUGACAAAGGUCUAUUCAGCGAUCCUGUUACCACGGAGUUGUAUUGGUGAAUUUUUGUUCAAUCAUUGCAGCGAAAUCAGCUAUCACUUGCUUGCUCGUUUUCGCUUGUUCAAUUUCGAGUCAUUAAUCCCUUUGGUAUAGCCGGAUAACGAAUGAGAUCGCGCGCUACUUAGAGAAAUCCAGAUACUCUACUGGUCAUAGACGAUUGUAAUAAUCACAUGUGUUUUUAAGAACUCGUCGUUCUCGUGUUCGUGGUGGAAUUUGUAGGUGUUCGUUGCUAAGAAGAAGAGAAAACUGGAGUACCCGGAUGUUGGCCUGGACACUUUGAAGAAGGAGAGUGCUUUCAGUACUUAGUCACUCUACUUCUUAUAACCUAUCACUGCCAAAUAUGACCAAAGUCAAAUUCAACAAAAUUUCCAAAUGUCAUAUUUUAAAAUUCCUUAAAAACAAAUAGUACUUAACCUCGUUCCCAGGGUCCUCUCCUACUCGGCCCGAGUAGGAAAGGACCCUGGGAACGAGGUUGAAUAGUACCGUGUGAAAGUAUGCUAAAGAGGUUUUUUUUUGAACGAUCACACUAAAGGAUUUUGUUUUUGGACACAAACGUUUAUUAGAGCCAUCUUACCAGACUACAUCUUUCUCUCUGGCAGUGGAGAGGCUAAUGACGAACGUGACAGUUUUUUGUUUAAUUUUUGUCACCCUUUUUCGUUCAGAACUUCCUUGUUGCCGACCCUGCAAGAACGAAGCUGGAUACAAGGCAAACAUCACAAUCCCGGUAACUUGUGAGCAAAACGCAACUUGCAAUUCGACCGAUAACAGAUGCUGCCUAGCGCCUUUUGUAGAAGGUUGCUCUUGCCCAGAUGGACAGUACUUCGACGGAAUUAAGUGUGUCAAUAUGACAUACGAAUGUAACAGGCCUUGUGUAUCAUCUUCGUCAUCUUCAACAACGUCAAUCACCACUAGGUGAGCGUGUUUUAAUGUUUUCAGGUUCAAGUUCACUCGACAUCUCCCGUUCUAAACCCUCGACCGUCGCCGAGCGGUUAGAACGCUAAUGAGUCCUUUUUGUGAAAAUUCGAAAAAGUGUAAAAUAUGGAUUAAGCCAAGGCGAAAGGCGAGGCUCCCGUUAAUAAAUUUAUAAUUUUACUUCAAACAAAAAGAAGUCCACUUAAAGUUGAACCUGCGAUCAAUUGAAAACUAGUAACUUGUCGGCGGAGAACUUCAGAAAACACGUCGACUCGAUGAGUCGACACCUAAGCCCGCAAUACGGUCAUGUAAUACUGGUCAGCGGAUAUCCUGUUUUGACAGCUGUCAAUCGACCACAACAUGGAUGUACAAAUCAUGUUGUCGGCUCCCACACUAGCUAGAACGUUUGACAUUUCACAUUGGUUUCCCUUUGGUAUUGACAGAGGGACAGACGAUCACGUGAUAACCAAAAUUUCUCGGACGCAUAGAUCACCAAAUUUUCUUAGCUAUGGGACUCCACUCGUGCGUGUAGCUCCGCUAAAAUACACGAGAAAUAUGUGGUAUUCCAACCUGAUUGUUUCUCGAAAAAGAUAGUAGUUCUUUUGUUUUCAGUUAUUAAAGCUCUUCCUUUUUUCAGUUGAAUUUGAGGCCUAAUAUCCAAAUCAAAAUAGCAAUAAUGUACUAUUUUUUUCAUAAUCAGUGUGUCAACAUCAAGUUCAAUUUCGACAUCUUCAAUAUCAUCGACGUCAAGCAUAUCAUCAUCGUCAAGGUAAUGAUUACGUACUGUUUAUUUAUCUUAACUCUAGCCUAAGUAAAUAAAAAUCGACAAAAUUGUUAAAUACUGAAACCAAGUUCUAUCAAAUGAAAGUACUUUUGAAGAGGUUGUAUUUGAAUGGUAACACCAUAGGAAUUCAUACACUGACUCAAAAUUAGAACCACCAUGUACAGUAUACCUUAUGAACGUACCUCUCAGUAGGUUUCAUUUGAAUGGUCACACUUUAGGAUUUCAUCCACAGACUCAAAAGUUAGAACCACUUUGUACAGCAUAAUAAACAGUACCACAGGAAAGUACUGCUCAGUAGCUUUCAUUUGAAUGGUCACACUUUAAGAUUUCAUCCACAGACUCAAAAGUUAGAACUACCUUAUACAGCACAAUAAAAGAGUACCACAGGUAAGUACUGCUCAGUAGCUUUCAUUUGAAUGGUCACACUUUAAGAUUUCAUCCAGAGACUCAAAAGUUAGAACUACCUUGUACAGCAUAAUAAACAGUACCACAAGAAAGUACUGCUCAGUAGCUUUCAUUUGAAUGGUCACACUUUAGGAUUUCAUCCACAGACUCAAAAGUUAAGGUGUGUUAACAGGCAUAAAAAAACGUUCAACUUCUUCCACAUUAUUGCUGCAGAACGAGUUUAAAAGAGAUUGUGCGCGUUCUACCACGCACAUCAAACCUGUCAACAACAUUAUUUGUUGCAAGACAGGUUUGAUGUGGGUAGUAAACACGCAGCAUCGCUAUUCAACUCGUUUUGCAGCACUGUUGCAAGAUAAUUUUCCUGUUUUACCGUACCUUUAGAAACAUCUUUUACAGCGUAAUAAACAGUACCACAGGAAAGCACUGUUCAGUAGCUUUUAUUGUAAUGAUCACACUUAGGAUUUCGUCGGCAGACUCAUUAUUUACUGAUUAUUAAGCUGUACACAAUGUUUCUACUACAUGAAGGUACUGCUAAGUCGGUUUCAUGCGAAUGGUCACAUCAUAGGAUUUCAUCCACCGACACAAAGUUAGAACCAUCUUGUAAGAAAUACUGAACAGCCCAAUAUUCAGUGCUAUUAACAACAAUUUUUUGUUGCUUCAGUGUAUCAUCAAGUUCGCUUUCCACUUCGUCAUCGAGUGUAUCUACACCGUCCACGACGAGUUCGUUAACAUCAAGGUAAUUAAAACGAGAAAGGUUAAUAGUAAUCCAGCUUAGUAUAUACUAAAUCAGUGGAUAGUGUUUUUCGCGCGCUCUGAUUGGCUACUAAUCAGUGAAUAUCCUGCACUAUUCACUGAUUCACCUCCAGUUCCUCUGAGCGAGCGACGCCAAACUUGUGUAAGCUGCAAGCAAAAUGCCUUCCCUGUUUGCUGCCGUAACAAACAAAGAAAUUUCACAUCUAAUCAAGCAAGCUGUUCCCGAAAUACACGAAGAAAGUGACGAAGUUCGGUUUGGAAGUUUUAACAGGUAAAGCUUUGUCUUUUUGACUUGAAUUUAUCGAUAAAACCGGAGAAAAAGGUUUUUGUUUACAAAUGCAAAUUAAGCUUAAUUCUUGCGUUGCUUUAGUUAAUUUACUUGUUUAUAAAUAAGCUUAAAACUAAAUUUUAUAGAACGAUUUUAAAUACAAAAAGAAUUCACAACUCCUUUUGAAGAAAUUCCCCGCAAGAGCUAAACAAAUGCCUUCAAAAGUUUUAUUUGUCGGCAAGAAAAAGCGAGAACCGCGGCCGUUCGGUCACUGCGCGGCAAAAUUGUUAUCGUUGCCAAUAGUAAAUGAGUUAAAAAUCAUCAUUUUUGAGCUCAAUUAUCUCACUGCUUUAGUGUAUACCAAGUUGACCAACUAGUUGGAUUUUACUAAAACAAUUAUUCCUUUCGCCCUCAUGACCUCUGAGUGAAUAGCUCAUUCGGCCUUCGGCCUCAUGGCUAUUGACUCAGAGCCCAUUCGGGCUCGAGGAAUAAUUGUUAAUUACCCUAAGGCAUUUUCUGUACUUGGUGGUAUGCCAGGAGGCCAAUGUAUAUGGUAAGCUGUGCAUUUAUAUACAACAAGGUGAAAUAAAAAAGAUAAGGUGAAAUAAAUCCAUUGAGUAGAUGAUGACAGGCAUUCCUCAACAAGCCGUAGAGCUGUGCUUAGAAGGAGGAUGAUGCUAAUUGGUGAAUAAACCCUUGUAAUUGGUGCUACUUGCUUGUAGAAGGCCUAUGUAAGCGUAAAGUUGUGCGUUUAUAUUAAACUACCAUCGAGACAAGGAAAAAUAAAUCCAUUCACUAGAUGAUGAAAGCCAUUUCUCAACAAGCCAUAGAGCUGUGGUAAGAGGUAGAGGCCAUCGUGCUCUGGUGAGAGGUAGGACGUUCGUUAUCUCAGUAACUGCUCCCGCCUUCGUGGUACGCUUGAAGACGUUGUUAAACGUAAAAUUGUGCGCCUAGGUAACUAGGAUUGAAACAAGAAAGAGAACGUAAAUGCAUUCACUAGAUGAUCAGAGGUUUUCUCGUUCCGCCGUUCAUCUGGGGAUAAAAGGGCUUUUGCGUUUAAUCUACAAAUUUCCUCUAUUUCCUGGUAGUGUACAUAUCCAGCUGAUAUCCAGAAAAGGAAGAGUAAACCCAGUAACUAGAUUAUGAAAGGCAUGCCUCAAUCAGCCGUUUAGCUGUGAAGAGAAGAAGAUCGGUGCCAAUCUCAGUCAUGUUCGUUAUAUACAUUGCCUUCUAGUGGGAAGCCGCCUCCUAACGAAUUUACAAUAGGGAGCUUAAGCAAACAACGUUUUUGAGCGACGCACGUCAACCGGAAGUGGCCUUUUUUCAUUUUUUGACGGUGGUUUCGCGCAAAUUUUCAGUCAAAUCGCCUCUAUAAUAGUAAAGAAGCUAAGGAAUACAAAUUUUAUAUCAUCAAGGCAUGUUAAGAGGGAAAAUACCUCACUUCCGGUUGACGUGCGUCGCUCAAAAACGUCGCUGCUUAAGCUCCCUAAUAACGUACAGGUAAACAAAUUCAUCAUCAACGUCGUCCUCGACACCAACCACGACAAGGUACCCGGCCACGAGCUAAAGAGUUAUUGUGAAUCUGUUCACCUGCACCUAUCCCGUAGUCAAUGACCGUUGGGGCGCCACGGACGUUGCAACCCUCUCCCUCCAUUUUAUUUUGUUUUCAGCUUCCCUUACGGCGUGGCAAAACUUCAACCCUGUCCAUUCAGCGAUGUUGUUUUCCCCCCUUCUUCUCCCUCCUUGCACUGUUCCUUGUAAAAUCGACAGACAAGCCCUGAUGAUCUUGAUACAUGCCCAAACCACUUUAACUUGCGUUUCUUAACCGUGGUUAAGAUAUCAUCAUAGGGUCCAAUGGCUUGCCUGAUUCUGUCUCUGACUCCAUCGUUAGUGAUGUGAUCUCUGUAUGAGAUUCCAAGCAGUUUCCGAAAGCAUCUCAUCUCAGUGGCCUGCAAUUUCUUCAGGAUGUCCGCUGUCAAUGUCCAGGUUUCGCAGGCGUACAAUAGUACAGAGGUAACUAGGGAGCGUAUUAGUCUGAUCUUUGAGCUUAGAGAGAUAUGCUUAUCACUCCAGAUGGUCUUGAGCCUAGCUAGUGCUGCUGUUGUCUGUCCAAUUCUGGACAGUACUUCAGGCUUGGAACUCUGAUCUGUGACGACUGCGCCCAGAUACUUGAAGCUAACAACUUCGUCCAAUUUCUCACCGUUGAUUCUGAUGUCAAUGCUGAUACCAUUCGCGUUAUUGGUCGUCAGUUUGGUCUUCUCUGCACUGAUUUCCAUGCCAAAGGUUGCAGAGGUCCUAUCCAGGCGAUCCACCAGGGAGGCUAGUUCCUCCUCUUUUCCUGCCAGGCGGAAAUGUCAUAAGCAAAACGUAAGUUGGUAAUUGUUCUGCCUCCGAUGCUAACUGUUCCUUGGUGAUCUUCUACUGCGUCAGUCAUAAUUCUCUCCAGAAAAAUGUUGAAAAGAGUUGGUGAGAGUAGACACCCUUGUCUGACUCCGACUGUGGUUCUGAACCAGUCUCCUAUGUAACCAUUAAGGUAGACUGCACUAGUGGCCUUGUUGUAGAGGUUUUCAAUGACUUGGAUCAGGUUAGCGUUGAUGCUAUAAAGCCUCAUAGUAGACCAAAGGGCUUUAUGCCAUGCUCCGUCAAACGCCUUUUUAAAAUCGAUAAAGACGUGGUAGAGGUCUUGUUGAUAAUGGAGGUACCCCUCGCACAGUAUCCUGAGAUUGAAGAUCUGUUCUGUCGUACUGCGACCUGAUCGGAAGCCUGCCUGUUCUUCUGCGAUGAUUGAUUCUGUCUGAGGCUUCAGCCUAUUUAGCAGCACCUUCAGAAGGACUUUACUUAGGUGGCAUAUAAGGCUGAUUGUGAAUCUGCAGUUGUAUUUAAAAAAGGUUUUUGUGUGUCUUUAGAGCAACUGAAAUAUACAGUAGACUUCAAUGUCGCUUAAUACAUACUUUAAAUAUCGUCGUGACCUUUAACCCUUUUAGCCUUAAGAGUGAUCAGCAUCAAAUUUCUCUUUUAUGAAUUUGCUUGAUAUUUUAUAUCAAAUUCUCCCACUACUUCUGUAGGAAAUGAAUAGGAGGAAACAAAUGAGAAUUUGAAAAUUGAUCUAAGGUCUUAAAGGGUUAAACAUGACACGGAUAGGUAUUAUAACAGUUUGCCCCUCUUUUGAUACGUUCACUGCAGCUCUCUAUCAACUUCAAGCUCACUAUCCACGUCUUCCUCCAUAUCAACAUCAUCAAGUGUCUCAACAACAAUCACAAGUGUUUCAACAUCGUCGUCUGUGUCAACAUCAUCAAGUGUGUCCACUUCAAGCUCUUUGUCUACGUCAUCAAGUGUGUCCACGUCUUCCUCGGCAUCGACUUCAUCGAGUGUCUCGACAUCAACCACAACAAGUGUUUCAACAUCGUCGUCUGUGUCAACAUCAUCAAGUGUGUCCACUUCAAGCUCUUUGUCUACGUCAUCAAGUGUGUCCACGUCUUCCUCGGCAUCGACGUCAUCGAGUGUUUCGACACCAACCACAACGAGUGCAUCAACAUCGUCGUCUGUGUCGACGUCAUCAAGUGUGUCCACAUCAAGCUCGGCGUCCACAUCGUCAUUUGUGUCGACAACGAGUAUUUCGACAAGGUAAGAAUUAUAACCUUCGCUAACUUUCUGCUUCGUAAAGGGAGUCUAAAGACAAAAGGAGGCAUUAAGACCACGACAACACAUAAACUUCAAACUGAGACAGAAAUCUCAAACGCAUACCCUACGUACAAGUAGAGCUCAGAAGUGAUUAUAACCUUUGCAUUCCCCAUUACCAGGUGGGGAACUAUGUGUUAAUAUGGUAACAUGUAUGUAGUAAGGUAACAAUAGUACUGUUAAUAGUCAAUUAUGAUAAGUUAAAAAUAAUGAUGUGGUAAUGUAACAAUUUAAUCUUUUUAAUCUCACUAUCAAUCUAUAGAUACCCAUAAUCGUUUAAUCAUAAAUAUUUUAUAUCUAAGUGUUCAAUUGUCAAAACGAUAUCUAUAUUUGUAAAAACAAAAAAAACUCCUAAUCGUCUUGCUUUUCAUUGAAACCAGUCAUAAGUUUAAAAUACAGUGGUAAUAAGGUUUUUAAACCUCCUGAUACCAGCACAAUCAAUGUCAGACGUAAAGGUAAAGGUCCUUAAUUUACUCCGGUCACUUGUUCCACUGCUUAAGAUACCGACAGUGCGCUCAUUUUACCCUGAUCCCUAGCCCACUCUCUCGACUUUAUUUAUUUUUUCAUUGAUUGAUUGAUCAGAUUACCACUAAAAGUGUCAGGGCAGCCCGGAUAGAAAGAGGUGGGGCUUAUUACAUUCAGGCUACCCAUUUACAAACAAAAUUCAGAGUUAUUUAAGUAUACCUAAAUGACAAAAGUAAACAAAGUAUAAGUAAUAAGGUUAGGAGGUAUAAUUAUCAAUCAACGAUAUCAAAUUAAUUUAGGGUGUCUAAUUAUUGAUUCAAAUUAAUAGUUCAAGAAAAAGAAAAUUCUCUCUUCAUCAGUGCUUCGUUUUGCGAGUAUUUAAAGUUACACGGAAAAGACAGGUAGUCAAAAAGUUGCGCCUUGAAUUACAACUGUACCAAAGCAACCACAGUAAGAUCUCCUAAACCCAGUAUCAAUUACGCCAGAAUCAAUGACAUCGAGAAAUGUAGAUUAUAUGUGAGUUUGAAAAUAUCGGACAAUAGCCUUACUCGAUAUUUAAUUUAGGAUCACCUGUCUUUUAGCUAGUGCAGUUCCAGUUCACUGUCGGUAUUGUCCUCUGUGUCGACAUUAUCAAGUGUGUCCACUUUGAUUUCUGUAUCAACAAUGCAACUUCCUUUUUAAUUUAAUACUUGGUGUGGCUCUGCUUCAAGUCCUGCAAGUCUCGUGUUGACAGCAAUGCGUGCUGGUUUGCCGUGCUACACAGCAGUUGAACGUCUUGGUUUUAAAUGUGGUGUCCUGUUGAGGUAAAAUCAAAUUCGAUCAACUGAGUUUGGCACGGCUCAUAAGCACGACGAAUGGAAUGAGCCUAACGACAAACUUUAAAAACAAUUAAGGUUCACCUUUUACUUCUGUGAAAACCAUGGCGAGAGACGCUAGUCUACAUUCUUGACAUUUCAAAUCAACAGACAUAUGACUUUAAUGUCUUUUUUCUCUAUAAGUGUUUCCACCUCAAGCUCGGUGUCCACGUCCUCCUCCGUAUCAACAUCAUCCAGUGUGUCAACACCAACAACAACGAGUGUUUCAACAUCAUCUUCUGUGUCAACAUCAUCAAGUGUAUCCACUUCAAGGACGGUGUCUACGUCAUCAUCCAUAUCGACGUCCUCGAGUGUUUCGACACCAACCACAACAAGUGUUUCAACAUCGUCGUCUGUGUCAACAUCAUCAAGUGUGUCCACUUCAAGCUCUUUGUCUACGUCAUCAAGUGUGUCCACGUCUUCCUCGGCAUCGACGUCAUCGAGUGUUUCGACACCAACCACAACGAGUUCAUCAACAUCGUCGUCUGUGUCGACUUCAUCAAGUGUGUCCACUUCAAGCUCUUUGUCUACGUCAUCAAGUGUGUCCACGUCUUCCUCGGCAUCGACGUCAUCGAGUGUUUCGACACCAACCACAACGAGUGCAUCAACAUCGUCGCAUCACAUCAUCGUCGUCUUUGUCAAGUGUGUCCACGUCUUCCUCGGCAUCGACGUCAAGUGUGUCCAGUGCAUCAAUCGUCGUCUGUGUCGACUUCUCGGCGUCGGCGUCCACAUCGUCAUCUGUGUCGACAACGACUAUUUCGACAAGGUAAGAAUUAUAACCUUCUCUAAGUUUCUGCUUCGUAAAGGGAGUCUAAAGACAAAAGGAGGCAUUAAGACCAGGACAACACAUAAACUUCAAACUGAGACAGAAAUCUCAAACGCAUACCCUACGUACAAGUAUAGCUCAGAAGUGAUUAUAACCUUUGCAUUCCCUAUUACCAGGUGGGGAACUAUGUGUUAAUAUGGUAAUAUGUAUGUAGUAAGGUAACAAUGUACUGUUAAUAAUCAAUUAUGAUAAGUUAAAAAUAAAUAGUACUUGUUAUUUAAUCAAUCAAUUAACCAUAAUCGUUUAAUCAAAAUAAUUUUAUAUCUGUGUUCAAUUGUCAAAACGAUAUUUAAUUUUUUUAAUCGUCCAGUCUAGUUUCAAUCUUUUUAUCGAUAAAACAACCAAAUAAUCAUGUAAAAUUUGAAAAAAUCAAAAAUUUUAGGUUUUUUUUUAUAUCUGAACCGCCCGCAACCGCCCGUGCGGAUCCAGGUUCAAUUGACGUCAAAACGAUAUCAGGGUAUCUUUCAAACCAUUUCAGUCAAGGACACCGGAGAAAGAAGCAAAAACCACUUGACAAGGACCUGAAAAUCUCCAUGAAAAAAAAAAACCUUUCCUUUUCACCUAAUCUAAGUACUAAAUGCCCAGCAAGAAAAAAAAAAUGCUUUUCGAAAAUAAAAGUCAAGACUGCUGUGUCACUUUUAAACCCCGAAAGUGCGCAUGCCCGAGUUUAAAUAUUUUGCAUCUGGAUCAGAAGGCCGCCAAGUGUUUAGCUCUUUAUAGCACGACAGUGACCAGAAAACCACUCGACUAGCUUCAAAACGCGUUUUUCGGCAAAAUCUCCAGGAGCGAAUGGGUUAAAAUACAGUGGUAAUAAGGUUUUUAAACCUCCUGAUACCAGCACAAUCAAUGUCAGACGUAAAGGUAAAGGUCCUUAAUUUACGCCGGUAACCUGUUCCACUGCUUAAGAUACCGACAGUGCGCUCAUUUUACCCUGAUCCCUAGCCCGCUCUCUCGACUUUAUUUAUUUUUUCAUUGAUUGAUUGAUCAGAUUACCACUAAAAGUGUCAGGGCAGCCCGGAUAGAAAGAGGUGGGGCUUAUUACAUUCAGGCUACCCAUUUACAAACAAAAUUCAGAGUUAUUUAAGUAUACCUAAAUGACAAAAGUAAACUAAGUAUAAGUAAUAAGGUUAGGAGGUAUAAUUAUCAAUCAACGAUAUCAAAUUAAUUUAGGGUGUCUAAUUAUUGAUUUAAAUUAAUAGUUCAAGAAAAAGAAAAUUCUCUCUUCACCAGUGCUUCGUUUUGCGAGUAUUUAAAGCUACACGGAAAAGACAGGUAGUCAAAAAGUUGCGCCUUGAAUUACAACUGUACCAAAACAACCACAGUUAAGAUCCCCUACACCCAGUAUCAACUACGCCAGAAUCAAUGACAUCGAGAAAUGUAGAUUAUAUGUGAGUUUGAAAAUAUCGGACAAUAGCCUUACUCGAUAUUUAAUUUAGGAUCACCUGUCUUUUAGCUAGUGCAGUUCCAGUUCACUGUCGGUAUUGUCCUCUGUGUCGACAUUAUCAAGUGUGUCCACUUUGAUUUCUGUAUCAACAAUGCAACUUCCUUUUUAAUUUAAUACUUGGUGUGGCUCUGCUUCAAGUCCUGCAAGUCUCGUGUUGACAGCAAUGCGUGCUGGUUUGCCGUGCUAUACAGCAGUUGAACGUCUUGGUUUUAAAUGUGGUGUCCUGUUGAGGUAAAAUCAAAUUCGAUCAACUGAGUUUGGCACGGCUCAUAAGCACGACGAAUGGAAUGAGCCUAACGACAAACUUUAAAAACAAUUAAGGUUCACCUUUUACUUCUAUGAAAACCAUGGCGAGAGACGCUAGUCUACAUUCUUGACAUUUCACAUCAACAGACAUAUGACUUGAAUGUCUUUUUUCUCUAUAAGUGUUUCCACCUCAAGCUCGGUGUCCACGUCCUCCUCCGUAUCAACAUCAUCCAGUGUGUCAACACCAACAACAACGAGUGUUUCAACAUCAUCUUCUGUGUCAACAUCAUCAAGUGUAUCCACUUCAAGCACGGUGUCUACGUCAUCAUCCAUAUCGACGUCCUCGAGUGUUUCGACACCAACCACAACAAGUGUUUCAACAUCGUCGUCUGUGUCAACAUCAUCAAGUGUGUCCACGUCAAGCUCUUUGUCUACGUCAUCAAGUGUGUCCACGUCUUCCUCGGCAUCGACGUCAUCGAGUGUUUCGACACCAACCACAACGAGUGCAUCAACAUCGUCGUCUGUGUCGUCUGUCCACUUCAAGCUCUUUGUCGACUUCAUCGGCAUCGACGUCAUGUUUCGACACCAACCACAACGAGUGCAUCAACAUCGGCGUCCUUCAUCGUCAUCUGCGUCACAUCGUCAUCUGUGUCGACAACGAGUAUUUCGACAAGGUAAAAAUUAUAACCUUCGCUAAGUUUCUGCUUCGUAAAGGGAGUCUAAAGACAAAAGGAGGCAUUAAGACCACGACAACACAUAAACUUCAAACUAAGACAGAAAUCUCAAACGCAUACCCUACGUACAAGUAUAGCUCAUAAGGGAUUAUAACUUUUGCAUUCCCUAUUACCAGGUGGGGAACUAUGUGUUAAUAUGGUAAUAUGUAUGUAGUAAGGUAACAAUAGUACUGUUAAUAAUCAAUUAUGAUAAGUUAAAAAUAAUGAUGUGGUAAUGUAACAAUUUUUCUUGUUAUUCUCACUAUCAAUCUAUCGAUAACCAUAAUCGUUUAAUCAUAAAUAUUUUAUACCUACAUGUUCAAUUGUCAAAACGAUAUCUAUAUUUGUAAAAAAAAAAAAAACUCCUAAUCGUCUUGCUUUUCAUUGAAACCAGUCAUAAGUUUAAAAUACAGUGGUAAUAAGGUUUUUAAACCUCCUGAUACCUGCACAAUCAAUGUGAGACGUAAAGGUAAAGGUCCUUAAUUUACGCCGGUAACUUGUUCCACUGCUUAAGAUACCGACAGUGCGCUCAUUUUACCCUGAUCCCUAGCCCACUCUCUCGAGUUUAUUUAUUUUUUCAUUGAUUGAUUGAUCAGAUUACCACUAAAAGUGUCAGGGCAGCCCGGAUAGAAAGAGGUGGGGCUUAUUACAUUCAGGCUACCCAUUUACAAACAAAAUUCAGAGUUAUUUAAGUAUACCUAAAUGACAAAAGUAAACUAAGUAUAAGUAAUAAGGUUAGGAGGUAUAAUUAUCAAUCAACGAUAUCAAAUUAAUUUAGGGUGUCUAAUUAUUGAUUUAAAUUAAUAGUUCAAGAAAAAGAAAAUUCUCUCUUCAUCAGUGCUUCGUUUUGCGAGUAUUUAAAGCUACACGGAAAAGACAGGUAGUCAAAAAGUUGCGCCUUGAAUUACAACUGUACCAAAGCAACCACAGUAAGAUCCCCUACACCCAGUAUCAAUUACGCCAGAAUCAAUGACAUCGAGAAAUGUAGAUUAUAUGUGAGUUUGAAAAUAUCGGACAAUAGCCUUACUCGAUAUUUAAUUUAGGAUCACCUGUCUUUUAGCUAGUGCAGUUCCAGUUCACUGUCGGUAUUGUCCUCUGUGUCGACAUUAUCAAGUGUGUCCACUUUGAUUUCUGUAUCAACAAUGCAACUUCCUUUUUAAUUUAAUACUUGGUGUGGCUCUGCUUCAAGUCCUGCAAGUCUCGUGUUGACAGCAAUGCGUGCUGGUUUGCCGUGCUAUACAGCAGUUGAACGUCUUGGUUUUAAAUGUGGUGUCCUGUUGAGGUAAAAUCAAAUUCGAUCAACUGAGUUUGGCACGGCUCAUAAGCACGACGAAUGGAAUGAGCCUAACGACAAACUUUAAAAACAAUUAAGGUUCACCUUUUACUUCUGUGAAAACCAUGGCGAGAGACGCUAGUCUACAUUCUUGACAUUUCACAUCAACAGACAUAUGACUUGAAUGUCUUUUUUCUCUAUAAGUGUUUCCACCUCAAGCUCGGCGUCCACGUCCUCCUCCGUAUCAACAUCAUCCAGUGUGUCAACACCAACAACAACGAGUGUUUCAACAUCAUCUUCUGUGUCAACAUCAUCAAGUGUAUCCACUUCAAGCACGGUGUCCACGUCAUCAUCCAUAUCCACGUCCUCGAGUGUUUCGACACCAACCACAACAAGUGUUUCAACAUCGUCGUCUGUGUCAACAUCAUCAAGUGUGUCCACUUCAAGCUCUUUGUCUACGUCAUCAAGUGUGUCCACGUCUUCCUCGGCAUCGACGUCAUCGAGUGUUUCGACACCAACCACAACGAGUGCAUCAACAUCGUCGUCUGUGUCGACUUCAUCAAGUGUGUCCACAUCAAGCUCGGCGUCCACAUCGUCAUCUGUGUCGACAACGACUAUUUCGAC